UGUCAGUGCAGGAGAAUGAAUAACUCAAAAUGUAACAUUUCUCAGAAAGCAAGGAGACCAACGCGGAUUAUACAAUGUAUCUAUGUAGUCGGAUUCAUGGACCUGUUUGGGGUCAGUAUGAUCAUCCCUCUCCUGAGUCAUCAUGUCAAGUUCCUGGGAGCCAGUCCCACGGUGGCCGGCAUCGUAGGGUCUACGUAUGGAGUUUUACAACUGUUCUCCAGCACAGUCGUGGGUAGCUGGAGUGAUGUGGUGGGACGGCGGGACUCCCUCCUCACCUGUCUGCUGGUCAGUGCGCUGGGCUACGGCCUGCUGGGCAUGUCCACCAGCAUCGCCCUCUUUGUACUGGCACGCAUCCCUGUAGGGCUCUUCAAGCACUCCCUGUCCAUCUGCCGUGCGUUGCUGUCGGACCUGGUGUGUGAGUCGGACAGGCCUCUGGUGAUGGGCCACUUCAACGCAGCCUCCAGCGUGGGCUUCAUCGUGGGGCCCGUAGUGGGGGGGUACCUCACAGAGCACGAGGGGGGGUUCUACACCUCCUCCUUCGCCUGCGCUGCAAUAUUCCUCCUCAAUGCUGGUCUGGUGUGGAUGCUGCCGUGGAAUGAAGCGCCCAUCCUGCGAGUGGCAGUGGGAGUGGACACUAAUGCCAACAGCAGCAGCAGCAGCCCCACCUCCGCCUCCUACCACUACGACGCCAGCCUGCAGAAGAACAACGGCAGCAGCAGCGGACAGCACAACAGCAGCAGCAACAGCCACUGCAACUCAGACGGAAACCACAUCCACCACCACAACCACAACCACUCCUCCUCCUCAUCCUCAUCAUCUUCGUCGUCGACGAUGACGACGACAGCGUCCCAGGGUUACCGCGGCGACAGCCGGAGGUGGCGCUGGUCCGACGUGUCGGUGCUGCAGCCGGCGUGGCGGCAGCUGUCCUCCAUGGUGGUGCGCAUCCGCCACGUGGCCUCGUCCGACAUGUGGGACGUCUUCCUGGUGCGGCUGCUGAUGGCCGUGGCCAUCAUGCUCUACUACAGCAACUUCUCGCUGGCCAUGGAGGAGCGCUUCCAGCUCCGGCCCAAGGUGACCGGCUACCUGAUCAGCUACAGCAGCAUGCUGGGGGCACUGGCCGGCUGCCUGGUGGGGCCCGUGACGCAGCUCUACGGCCAGGACAUGUCGGCGCUGCUCAUGCACAGCACGAUGCUGACCUGCUCGCUCAUCUUCCUGUACGCCACGGCGCCCAGCGUCUGGCAGGUGCUGCUGACCUCCACCUUCUUCGCCAUCUCCACCACCAUCGGCCGCACCUGCAUCACCGACCUGGAGCUGCGGAGGGGCGGCGCCCAGGCCAGCGGGACGCUCAUUGGGGCGGGCCAGUCGGUGACGGCGGUGGGGCGCGUACUGGCCCCGUUGCUGUCGGGCCUGGCCCAGGAGCUGAGUCCGUGCGGGCCGCCCAGCCUCGGGGUGCUGCUGGCACUGGCCGCGGUCGGGCUGCUGAGGGUGCGCAUUCCCAAGUGGGACAGCAUCAGGGCACGGACUAAGACUAAGAACCCCAAACAAUGAGUGUACGCGGGGGUGUCCUCGAGUGAGUAUGGUGGUAGAAGUAGUGCGUGCGUGUGUGUGGGUCGGUUCAUCAUGUGCCUUUCACAUGUUAAUGGGGGCAUGGGUACUUACACUUACGGCCUUGCCCUGAGAGACGGAGAUGAGAAAGCGAGAAAAGAGAUACAAAAAAAAGAGAGAAGGAGGAGUCCGAUCUUCUGGCAGCCAGCAGACAUGGGAGUCGGAGUCGGGACUUUUUUAAUUUGUUGUUUACCGUGACGAUGGUGGAAGAAUUCCACUUUGAAGAGAGGGGAGACACUGUGCUGCCUGUCCGCUGGCCUUUUCUCAUCUCUAAGUGAUGACAUCGUUUUGCUGAUAUACAAAAGGCACAGCGGCAGCGGCAGCAGCAGAGACGGUGGGUUUCCUCUUACGCGCACCUCUGCUGCAUCAGCUGAGAGUCGAAAGAUCUGAACUCCAGCACUCUCUUGCCAAACGGGACAAACAACAAACAAACAAGCAAACCCAAGUCAGUCACGAGAGCCAGGGUUCAGUGCCAAGAGAAUCACAGCACAUGCUUUUACAGGCAGGUAAUUGAAUUCAGGACAUCUCCCCUAAAACGGGUUGGCAUUAAGAAGAAACGCGACGAAGAGGAAAAAAAGAACAUUCGUAUAAAUUGCAUUCCGUUUUUUUGUUUUUGUUUAGGAUGAACCACUUUUGUAUUAUUUUCGGGUUUUCAGGUUAUUUUUCAGAUUUUCUGGGCAACAUUAAAGCAAUGCAACUGUGCUGAAACUGAAACCUCCACUAGAUGUUCCCAGGAUGACCUCAAGGUGAUCGAGAUGAAUAGGACGGGUUGUUCACCUAUUUUUAGAAACACUGCACUGUUCACAGACAGACAUCUGCACUAUGUACCCUAAUGAUGUGUACCACUGAAAAAAAAAUGUUGAACUUUGUAAAAGAAAAAAACGAAUUGAUUAAAUUUAACCAUUCUGUUAGUAUGAUGAUUUACCAGUACCAAAGCUUAUUUAAUAACUUUUAUUUUGGAUUAUGUUGGAGGCCUUGAUGAUCUAUUCAUUUCGAAUCAAUGAUGAAAUCAUGAACAAAAAAAUAAACAUAAAACACUAGCGACUGUCAUGAACAAAUUAUUCCAAAUGAUGAUGGAAAAUAAAGUCAGUUUUAAACA